CCCAUUUCACAUUUUCUUGCGCCGCAAUCCCCAAGAGCAUCACUGGCCUAAUACCAUCGAACAACAAAAAUCACAAAGACUAAACAAACAACCAUCAAAAUGAAGUUCUCCGCUGUCCUCGUUGCCCUCGCCCCUCUGGCUCUUGCCCAGAACUCCAUUCCCCAAUCGGCUUCCUCUGCUGUCGCCUCCCUGUCUAGCAGCAUCACCUCUGCUCUCGCUUCGCAGAGCUCUGCCGCUGCCUCCAUUUCCUCCUCGGUCAGCUCCAAGGUCAACAGCAUCUCGACUAGCGCCGACUCUGCUGUUGCUUCCGUAACCAGCGAGGCUGGCGACUCUAUUGCGUCUCUCAACUCUCAGCUCGCCACCGCCACUGGUUCUGACAGGGCUUCCAUCACGUCUGCCCUUGCCUCGCUCGCCAGCGAUGCCAGCUCUGCUGUCAACUCCAUUACCAGCGAGGCCGCCUCUGCUGCUAGCUCUGUUACCAGCAACCCUGCUGCCCCCAUGAAGACUGGUGCCGUCGCCAUGGGUGCGCUCUUCGGUGGUGCUGCCGUCCUUGCCCAGCUCUAAGUUCACUCCUGACUCAGGAAUGAGUGUGGAGUUGGUUUAAAACAUCAUCCACGGAACUUGGCCAUGUUCUUACGAAUACCAAAGUCUACCAUUGAUGCACGAUUAUGUUUCGACAUUCACGAGUUCCGAGGUUACUUGUACAACAAGUACACACGACAAAUUUGAAAAGUGCCCUCUGCAAGGGACUCUCUUACACAUGCUCUUUGUUUCAAAAGAUUCCCUGCCCAGAAUGGGUGUUUCGACGCUUUGCUACGGUUUGAUGUCGAGAUGACGAUAAUAGGAUUAUGGAUGGGAUUUUCCAUUUGUUGGCUUGGAGAAAGUAAAGGAGUUAAUCUGACCGGGCUUAAUACAAUCUUCACAC